CCUUUGAGACACUGAGCAUAUAUAUCACAAGUACUGGGUCACGGUGAGCAACCGAACUUUAAAGUUGUGUGCGUUCAUGCAGAAAACUGAAGAAGCAGCAAGCAGGAGGAAUUACUCCAGGAGAAACUACUGACAAACUAUUGGAAAGAUGGAGUUUGAGGAAGAACCCUGCAGAAUGAGAGAUGAAGAUCCAGAGGAACAAACAGACUCCGAGAAAGUGAAUAAGGACAAGCAGCUUCAGUUUCAAAAACCUUAUGUCGCAAAUAAAGAUGGAAACGCUACCAUUUCACAGACUGAACAGAAUUUCACACCGGAAAAAAAAACUGUAAAAACUGAAGUCAAAGGAUCUUUCACCUGCACCGAGUGUGGAAAGAAUUUCACUACUAAAGGAAACCUUAAAGUGCACAUAAAAACUCACACUGGAGGAAAAAAGUUCUCAUGCACUCUAUGCGGAAAGACUUUUGUACACCAAUCCAAACUCAAAAUACACAUGAGAAUUCACACUGGAGAGAGGCCGUAUACAUGCAUUCAGUGUGGAAACAGUUUCGUUGUUAAAGGUCACCUUAAUGAUCACAUGAGAAUUCACACUGGAGAAAAACCUUUUGCAUGUUCUCAAUGUGGGAAGAGUUUCCGGUGCAAACACUUCCUCAAAAAUCAUCUUCUCUCUCACGCUGGAGUGAAAUCAUUCAGCUGUGAUCAGUGUGAUAAAACAUUUGUUGUGGAAUCAUGUUUAAGAAGACAUCUUAAAGUUCAUGCUGGUGUGAAACCUCACAUUUGCUCUUUUUGUGAAAAGGCUUUUUCACGACCAUGUGCUUUAAAAGAACAUGAAUGUAUUCAUACUUGUGUGAAACCUUAUAUGUGCAUUGACUGUGGAAAGACCUUUGCUACACUGAGCAUCUUAAAAACGCAUGAGAUAAUUCAUACUGGAGAAAGACCUUACGAGUGCUCACUGUGUGGAAAGAGUUUCACUCGCUCCGUAUACUUGAAAAAUCACGAGCAAGUUCAUACUGGAGAAAAGCCAUACCAGUGCUCUUCAUGUGGGAAGAGCUUCACCAAGGUGUGUAAUCUACAGCGGCAUCAGAAAAAACAUUGCACAAAAGGUAUCAAUGGAUAAUCUUUCCUCAAGUUUACAUGAAGUUAAGUAUUGUAUUCAACAUUGCUUAUUAGCUAAAAGCUCAUUCUUCUACCUAAAAACAGAAAAACAUCUGGUGCUGUUUUUAUUUAAAGUGAUUCUUCUCAUAAUAUGGAGAUCCACAAAUGCACCCUGAGAAAAGAUUACAUUGCUCAGGAAAAGUGAAUGUGAUCUGUGCAAUUCAGCAGUCAACUAGGCUUACAUCUUAUAGUUAAAAUAUGUAAAAGAUUUCAGAUCACACAUUGUAUGGUUGGUUAUACCUUGUAUUUUGAAGCACAGUUUGGUAAAAAUGUAAUAAACAAUUGAAUUGUUGUUGUGUCUGUGUGACUAAUUGGAGGUUCAUUAGCAUUGCUUUGACAAAAAUGUUUAAGUGACAUUAAUUCUGUCAAUGUAUGUACAAAAUCCAAACAAUGGGGAAUAUGACUAAUUGUGAAGGCUACUGCAAUGUAAAAAUGAAGUAUAACCACUGCAUUAAAUUACAAACCGAGAUUAGCUUUUAUUUUAUUAGGAGUUUCACAAAAGAAAACAUUGUUUAAUUCUACCUGUCGUUUCAAGGUCAUGGUUUAAUGUUGUGUUGGAGGACAACAAUCAUUGCUAGUGUUACGAAGAAAACAUGUAUGAUGUGUUUUAGUGAAAUUAACUGCUGUACUAAAGUGGUUUAGAGAACCGUUUUGAAGAGGUGAACUAAAUAUUAAGAUUGGGAUUUGUACCGGUAGAGGCAUACAUUAUUUUACAACCCCCUUUGCAAAUGUUUUAUUGACUAUCAAAUGCA